AUGAAGUUCACCAACGCCAUUGCCAUCCUCUUCCUAACCGCGACUACUAUCAACGCCCUCCCCAGCGCUGAGCCUUGCACCCACGUCGGCCAGGGCUGCUGGAAAGACAAGAGAGAAGCCGUCGCCGAGCCGGAUCCAUGUACCCACGUCGGCCAAGGAUGCUGGAAGCACAAACUGAAGCGUCUGGCUGAAGCCGAGGCCGAGCCCUGCACUCACGUCGGCCAGGGCUGCUGGAAGGAGAAGCAGAAGCGUGUAGCUGAGGCCGAAGCCGAGGCUGAUGCCGCUGCUGAGGCAUGCACCCACGUCGGACAAGGCUGCUGGAAGAGAGAGGCUGACCCAUGUACCCAUGUUGGCCAAGGAUGCUGGAAGCACAAGAUGAAGCGUGUUGCUGAAGCAUAUGCUGAGCCCUGUACCCAUGUUGGACAAGGCUGCUGGAAGGAGAAGCAGAAGCGUGUUGCUGAGGCUGAGGCCGAGGCUGAUGCUGCUGCUGAGGCAUGCACCCACGUUGGACAAGGCUGCUGGAAGAGAGAAGCUGACCCAUGCACCCACGUCGGCCAAGGCUGCUGGAAGCAUAAGAUGAAGCGUGUUGCUGAGGCUUAUGCUGAACCAUGUACCCAUGUUGGCCAGGGCUGCUGGAAGGAGAAGAUGAAGCGUGUUGCAGAGGCUGAGGCCGAGGCCGAAGCUGCUGCUGAAGCUUGCACCCACGUCGGUCAGGGUUGCUGGAAGCAAUAG